AUGGAAUUGCAGAGAGAGAGAGAGAGAGAGAGAGAGAGAGAGAGAGAGCUCGGGGGAGGGAGAGAGAGGGGGAGGGAGGGAGAGAGAGAGAGAGAGAGAGAGAGAGAGAGGGGACUUAUUAUUGCCUUUGCACUAAUGCUCAACAUUUUUUUAUGUACUGUGAAUCAAGCUUUCCUUACAUACUAUGAAACUAUAGAAACUAUAGAAAAGAAAAUGGUUGUAAUUAACCGAUUUCAACGAUGUAGAGUAUUAGGCCCAAUGUUGGAAUGUGGUAAUAUGCUGUAUAUAAAAGUCAACGAGUCAUUUAAAAUCUCUACAAGUGAUCAAAUAGACAAAACACCACAGCAUGAUAUUCUCAUUGUGAUGGGGGACUUUAAUGCCAAGGUUGGUUCUGAUAACAUCGGAUAUGAAACCUGCAUGGGUUGUGAAGGACUUGGCGACUGUAAUGACAAUGGUCAACGUUUUUCUGACUUAUGCCUGGAAAAUGGACUGGUUAUUGGAGGUACAGUGUUCCAACAUAAGGACAUACACAAGUCAACCUGGCUUUCGCCAGAUGGCAGGACCAGCAACCAGAUUGACCAUAUCGCCAUCAGCAGGAAAUGGAGAAGAUCCAUGACAGAUGUAAGAGCCAUCAGGGGUGCAGACGCAGGCAGUGACCACAACCUUGUGCUAUGUAAGCUACAACUGAAAUUGAGGAGUAGCGGAAAAAAGAAUAAGCAACAGCUAUUUGACUCCAACAAACUUAAGGACCUGAAUGUGAAAACCCAGUUCAACUUGACACUGAAAAACCGAUUUGACAUCCUAGAAAGCACGCCAGCGGAUGACAUCAACUCCCUAUGCACAAAGAUCCAGAACAUCUAUCUGGAUACCAGCCAGGAGGUUCUAGGCUACAAGAAACGAGACAGAAAAGAAUGGAUCUCCACUGACACUUGGAACCUUAUAAGGGAGAGGAAGAGUGCAAGACAGGACAAAAGAGACUACACUAACAGUCUAGCAGUGGAAGCCCAGGUUGCUGCAGAAAAGGGUGACUCCAGAACAGUCUACAAAAUCACAAAGACCCUUACUGGAGAAUUUACCAACAGUUCCACCAUUGUGAAAGAUAAGAAUGGAAAUGCUCCAACGAAGAAUGAAGAACAACUAGAAAGAUGGGCUGAGCACUUCGAAGAAAUCCUUAACAGGCCAGACCCGGAGAAGGAAGCUUCUGUUAAAGACAUGGGAUUCCAUAUAGAGAUGAAGCGUGGCAGUAUCACCCAGCACGAAAUCAUAGAGGCCAUCAAGCAGACGAAAGGAAACAAAGCUCCCGGGGAAGACAAAAUCACUUCAGACAUGUUGAAAGCUGACCCCCGAGAUAGUGCAAAGCACCUUGUGGAACUAUUCAACUAG